AUGGCUGACCGGCAAAUGAGCAGCUAGCAUCCACCAGUCUCCGGUCACCGCAGCCACACACUCUUCCUCCUCCGGCGUUUCUUGCCCCCAAGCAACCACCACCGGAAAUCUCUUCCCAUUUUUGUCCGCUUCCCGCCGUGCGUGAGGCCUCCACGAAUCCCCCGCUCCCCCCUCGCCGGAUUCUUUUCCUUGCACGCCCAGCCUCCCUCCCCACCUCGCGCUAUCUACCACCACCACCACCAGCAGAGGUCCGUACGGGAGGAGGACGAGGGGGAGAGCACGCGCCGGCUGGAUACGCGCAGACAGUGUGCACCGUCCAUGGCCGCCGCCGCCGCGGCCCCGGUGGCCCCCGGGAACGGGCGCCUCGGCCGGCCGCGGGCGCCCCGGGUGGGGCUGCGCAUCUGUGCGGCGGCGGCGGCGGGGGCGGGGGAGGGGCCGUCGUGCCUCUACGUCGGGCCCAUCGAGACCGCCAGCCAGGAGAUGCUCGAGGCGCUCUACCGCCAGGCCAGGGAUUCCUACUACAGUGGCCAGCCUCUGAUUGUCGACGACAUGUUCGACAAAGUUGAGUUGAAGCUCCGGGUCUACGGCUCCCCGUCGGUCAUAAAAUACCCCCGCUGCAGCCUCAAGCGACAGUCGGCGUACGCGGACGCCGAGGAGGACCACUCGAUGUUUAUGGCACUGUCGAGCAUCUGGACACUGCUGCUCCUGCUUGGUACCUCGGCGUUCCUGGUUCCAAGCUUCUACACUCUGAGCCUGGCGUUCGGGGACGCAUUCGGAGCAAGGUCUCUCUUCUCUGCUGCUAAGUCGCUUGACGGGAUAACAAGGGUGAACCACAUGGUUUUGAUCGGACUAGGCUAUCUGAUUGGCUAUCCGGUUGCAUCCGCGUCAGUUGGUGCAUUGCAAGGCCUGUUGACAAACAAUGUGGUUGCACUAAAAGGCUCUUGCCCCAAUUGCGGUGAGCAGGUGUUUGCAUUUGUGAAGACGGAUAAAUCCAUUAAAGCACCCCACAAGGCAGAAUGCCAUGUCUGCGAGUGUCCAUUGGAGUACCGUACUAAAGUCGAGGACACAUACUUGAAUGAAAAUUUCAAAUUUAUAACUGAGACAAAAUUCAGAUUUGGAAGUCUUGAGAUCUCUUUCUGGACCUAGAAGAAGUUGGGUUUAUGGCCGGGUUUAUAUGGUGAAGCAAGGACAUCUUAGGAAAAGGAGAUGGAUCAAAGACUAGAAAUCCAGUGAUAGCUGUUGAAGAGAUCCACAUCUAGUGCGUUCUUAUUGGCUGAAAGCCGGAAACUACUUUUUGAAGAUAGUAGUCUUGUUGCUCUGUAGUGCAUAUUUCCAUUGUCCAUUGAUCAAACCAAGCAUUUUGUAAAGCAGUCCAUUCUUUCCCGAGAUAUCCAAACUCUGCACAUGAACAGAUGAUAAAAUUAUUGGCGAAUAUUAUAGUGGUUUGCUUGUCAAA